AUGGUACGUGACAACUACUCAGAGAUUUGCGUUCCGAGACUGACCACGGCAUCGCAGACUGAGACCGGGUUGCCCCCAGACUGGGAAGUACGGCAUUCGAACUCCAAGAACCUCCCUUACUACUUCAACUCCAAACUUCAAGAGUCAAGAUGGGAACCGCCGGAAGACGCCGAUACAGAGAAACUGAAGGUCUACAUGGCCCAACACCACAGCUCGACGAACACGCGCAUUGAUGGGGCGGGUCCUGAGGGCAAGAUCCGUGCAGCCCACCUCCUCGUCAAGCACAAAGACAGUCGUCGACCUACAAGCUGGAGAGAAACCAACAUCACCCGCACCAAGGAGGAGGCCAUUGAGCUUCUGAAGGGCUACGAACAACAAAUCCGGUCGGGUCAGACACAGUUGGGUGACCUUGCCGUCUCCGAGUCCGAUGACAGCAGUGCUCGAAGACGAGGUGAUCUGGGGUUCUUCGGCAAGGGUCAGAUGCAGAAGGAAUUCGAGGACGCUGCUUUCGCUCUGCAGCCCGGUGAAAUGAGCGGCAUUGUUGAGACAGCCUCUGGUGUCCAUCUCAUCCAACGGUAG